CCCCUAAAAUUAAAGAAAUCACAGCUAGUUCUUGCCCCCUCUCUGUUUUUUGUCCCCUCAUAAUACAAUACAAUACAUCUCUUGUCAUUGCCCCCUACCAACAGUCUAUAACACAUAACAUUCACUAAAUCCAUCACAAGAAAAUCAAAUCCUUCUAGUAAUUAAGCUAAGAAAAUGAUGAAAACUCUACUUCUUCAUCUUUUUCUCCUCCAUCUAAUUUCAUCAAUUAUAACCACAUCUUCUUCUUCUGUUAGUGACAUUGUCCACUCAUCUUGCGUGCACGCCAGCUAUCCGACAAUUUGCAUCAGAACACUCUCUUCCUACUCUGGCUCUGCUAUUAACACCCCGCAGGAUUUAGCUCAAGCCGCGGUGAAAAUCACCCUUUCCCGAGCACACAAAGCGUCUGGGUUCCUGUCUCAGGUGAAAGUGGGAAGCAAAAGAGAGAAAGGAGCAUUGAGUGAUUGUAUCGAACAGAUGGGAGACUCGAUGGAGGAGCUGAGGAAGAGUUUGUCAGAACUCAAACAUCUACGCAGGGGAAAUGCAUUCAAGUGGCAAAUGAGCAAUUUGGAGACGUGGGUCAGUGCUGCUUUGACAAAUGAAGAUACAUGUCUUGAUGGAUUCAAGGAAAUUGAUGGCAAAAUCAGGUCUGAUGUGAAACGAAAGAUUACAAAUGUUGCUAGAGUUACUAGUAAUGCACUUUACCUUAUCAAUCGACUUGAUGAUUCUCGAAACAAAAUUCCUCAUCCUUGAUCAUUAAUUACCAGGAGAAACAAUCGCCUUUCCACAAAUGCUUCUUCUUUUUCUUUUUCUGUGUUAACUAUGUACUACUAUUUUAUAAGUUAAACCAGUGUUACUAAUGGUGCAAUCCUAAGGUAAGAAUUGUCUAAAUUCCAGUUUGGCCUUGUUCUUAUUUGAUUUUACGAGACAAA